GAACACGUUUGUCUACGUUCCGACGUAACCUCAAUCAACGGGAGGCCGUUUCCGCGUUUUAGAGGACGCGUGAGAAAAGAAAGCACUUCACGCUUGUUAUAAGUGAAAUAACAAUAAAUAAUAAUGGCGUCGCUAACCGGAUUAGUGAGUUCCUUCGACGUGAAUUCGAAGGAAUUCGAGUGGCUGGUGCACGAUCUGAUGGUCGACAACAACGACGUGCCGUUCGACAGCCACGAGGUGCGAAGCGACGCGUUGCAGACGGGCGCGAAAUGUGGCGCGGUCUACUACCUGCUGGCUGUCCUACUUUACCACUAUUCUGAAGUUUGCGAGAGGUUUCAGGAAUUGAUAAGGAAAACGAUAUUGUUUCAAAUUGACUCGAAGCAAGAGAGCUUGGUUAACGCCAGCGCGAGAUGCUACGUUCUUCUGUCCAAAGCGACGGAACGCUCGUUUAAACCACCGCCGUCUAAAUCCGUGUACACUGUGACAACGUACAACGAAGCGUUGCUUUGUAACAACUUGCACGCCAUAAUGGACGAAUUGUUCUCUGGAUUAAUAGAGCUGGAGAGUGUAGACAUCUGGGACCAGUUAGAACUACCGCCUAUUUCUAACAAGGACACGGUACAAUACUACAACGGGCAGAGACAGAGAUUCGCGAACGUCUGCAUUUAUCUUUCCUCGAUGUUACGGGGAUACGAGGCGAGAAAUUCUGUUCUACCUCACGACAUUCUAGGAGUUUUAUGUCGAGGGUUGGCUGUGACGCCGUUAAAUCUAAAAGACAAGUCUUCCUUUAAAGAACAGAUGCUGUACGUUAUCUUGCCAAAGUUGCACAUCAGCUUGCUCACGGUUUUGGACGCAUUUAUUAAUGGAUUUGCUCAGGAACUAGUACCAUACGGGGAAACCGUAUUGCAGUUGUUCCAACAAACGUUACAGUGGACAGAUGCCAUCUCCGAAAAGCAAAUGACAUUUAGCGAUAGUAAACCUUUUAGAAAUGUUAGAAUAUGCGCUUACAAAUGUCUCUGUUCGUGGCUAAUUAAUACGAGUUCACUGUCAGGAAUAGAAACAAUUGCAAAUGAGUGUGUUACAUAUAUAUUGAAGGAUGUAACGCCAGAACGAGAUUGUAUAUUAUUAUCCAUGCAACAAAAGACGCAGCACUUGUCUAAACGGACAGUAAAACGUUUCAAGCAUAGUCAGUAUGAAAAUAGCACAAUUUUGAAUAAUGGGGAGGGCUCACCUAAAAGUGGAGAGAAGAAACUAGAUGCAGAUUUGUGCAAAGAGGCUCUUACCGCUUUGCAGAAUAUACUUUUCAGCGGCAGUGUCCUGCUGAAACAGACAUUUUACAAGAACGUACAGAAUACCGUGAUACCUUUGUUGUACAAUCUCUAUCUGAGCUCGGCUGAACAGAAUUUCUAUAAAAAUCACAACGUAUGCCGCUUGGAACUAUUUAGAGUAUUAAAAGCUUUGCAAAUGAAUCCGCACGUAGCAUCGGCAUUUCCUGUACAAUACUGUCUAGAAAUAUCGCACAUGGCAGCUCACGAUGUUGAUUUAAAUAUUGUUCGAGAGGCAAAACUCGCGUCAGCCGAGUUGGAAAAAAUUAUACAUCCUGUUGGACCCACGUUACAGUUGCCGCGGCAGCAGGAACCUGAUGAUGAACUUGUUUCUGAAAAUGAAGUAGAAGAAAUUACUACUGCUAGUAGGUCAGAUAAAAGAAGUAGGGCUGAAGGAGAGCUUUCUGAAGACGCAGGUUCAAUACCAUUUGUACAUAAACGGUUAAAAAUUACUGCGACACAAUGUGAAGUAGCCCAGAAUGGAAACGGUAUAGAAUUAACUGAAGAGGAUAACAGCAUGAAUGGAUCUUGGGCGAAUGGUACGUCACACAAGGAGAUUGAGGAAGGGGAGACUACGUUACAAGAACAAGACAAGACGCGAGACAAGGAGCAAAGUCAGCUGGAUAUUGAUAUACCUCCAAAGGUUACUACUGCAAAUGAGGAAUGUGAAUUAACUGCAUCCCUUAAUAUUGAUACAGAAAAACAACACGAGAAACCUGAAGACCUCGUGUCAUGCAAAAAAGAUAAAAAGAUAGAAGAAAGUCCUAAAAUCAGUGAAGAAAAAUCGCAAGAUGCAAAUGUAUGGGAACCGAUAGACGAAGACUUAUUAAACACUGAGUUAUUAGACUCUAUAAAUUUGUUUCACAAUGAGGUAAAAUCGACCGAUUAGAUACUUUUAUAUAUUAUCUUUGCAAUAAAAGAACAACACAUAUAUGUA